UUCAGAGACAAAAUGUCGUCCAGAUCACACGAUCUGUCGUGUCCCAUCUGCCAUGAGAUCUUUACAGACCCUGUGGUCCUGUCCUGCAGCCACAGCUUCUGCAGAGCCUGUCUGCAGGACUGGUGGAGGGUGAAGACAACGCUGGAGUGUCCGUUCUGCAAGAGGAAGUCGUCAAAGAGGGACCCUCCUCGUAACUUGGCUUUAAAGAACCUGUGUGAGGCCUUUUUACAGGAGGAGAAGGAGCAGAAGGCUUCAGCAGCAGGGUCUGAACAUCUCUGCAGGCUGCACUCUGAAAAGCUCAAAAUCUUCUGCCUGGACCACCAGGAGCCGGUGUGCCUUGUCUGUAGAGAUUCAAAAACGCACGUCAACCAUCGGUUCCGACCCAUUGACGAGGCGGCGCAGGACCACAGAGAGGAGCUGCAGAAAUCCCUCAAGCCUUUACAGGAGAAACUGACGCUCCUCCAACAGUUCAAAGGAAACUGUGACCAAACUGUGAAGGUCAUCGGGGUCCAGGCCCAGGAGACGGAGCAGCAGAUCAGGGAGCAGAUUCAGAAGCUUCACCUGUUUCUGCAGCAGGAAGAGAAGGUCCGGGUCGCUGCUCUGAGAAACGAAGAGGAGCAGAAGACUCAGAUGAUGAGGAAGAAGAUGGCGGCUCUGAGCACAGACAUCGCAGCUCUUUCAGUCACAAUCAGAGCUGCAGAGAAGGAGCUGAGAGCCGAAGACAUCUCGUUCCUGCAAAACUACAAGACUGCAGUGAGAAGAGUCCAACAGCACCACAUCCAGGACGACCCAGAACCAAUCUCUGGAGCCCUCAUAGAUGUGGUCAAACACCUGGGGAACCUGACCUACAACAUCUGGAAGAAGAUGAAGCAGAUCGUGUCCUACAGUCCUCUGCUUCUGGACCCAAACACCGCCGACCCAGAACUCAUAGUGUCAGACGAUCUGAGCGGCGUCAGAUCUGGAGAGAAGCGGCGGCAGCUUCCGAGCAACCCGGAGAGAACCAAGUUCUCCUGCUCCGUCCUGGGCUCUGAGGGGUUCAGCUCAGGCGCUCACAGCUGGAGCGUGGAUGUUGGGAAGAACCAGGACUGGGAGCUGGGCGUGCUGGGUCAGGACCUCCAGAUGAACGGACGCCUGCAGUCCCAGCUGUGGAGGAUUCUGUUCUCUGAAGGAACAUUCACGGCGUUUUCUGCCUCCGAGCACGAGAAAGUUCUGCCCGUGAAGAAGAUGGCGAAGAAGAUCCGAGUCCUCCUGGACUUUGACCGGGGGAAGUUGUCCUUCUCUGAUUACGACACCGACACAAACAUACACACCUUCACACACAACUUCACCAACACCCUGUUUCCUUACAUUUACACCGAGAAUCCUCUGCCGCUGAAGAUUUUGCCCGUCAAAGUCACCGUGACGGUCGAAAAACACAUUUAG